UAUGACUGUUUGAUCACCACCUCCCACUACCAUCAUCGUCGUGCGGCGCGAUCCUUGACGAUGAUUGAGUAAUGUCCUUUUGCACCAUUAUACCAUUCGGCGGUAUCUCACUCUCUACUUCACUUCCUUUCCUUCUAGAGUCGCCGUUCCCACCAUUGGAAGUAUAACUCGACACCCUGAACAUGACAGCUCUUACGUCGGGCCGAAGAUCGGCAUCGGGUGGACUCUGCAAAGAUACCGCCGUCGCUCGCUCAUCGUCAUUCCCAUGAAGCCUUUCAUCGCCUCUGCUGCUGGUGCUGCUGAUUCGCGCAUCGAUGCUUCCCAACACGCCUGUCUUGCCGUCGUAGAGCUCAUGUCUCGACGAGACGGUGGUCGACCGCGGCUUAUUUCGAGUUUGUGGCUGUUGGCUUUCGUACAUCAUGCCCCCACCAAUAGUGAGCUGCGGCCCGGUGCCCGACCCCAUGCUUUCCGGAUGGGACUGGUCGGAUGCUUCGCCUUGCGAGCUGCCAAAGGUGCUGCGUUUGAUACCGCACUUGCGGGCGAAAUACUGCAGGGAAGGACGCAAUGUUGGCAGGCAGGCUGAGAUGAUGCCGGCCGACAUUUCUAUGGCCGUCCAGCCUACCGUCGGCGCUAAAGUUCGAGACGGCGUUGGCGAUCCAGGUGGCGACCUGGUUGAUGCAGUGACCGGGGAUCUGUGGGUACCACAGCUUCUCGACGGGGACACAGAUGAAGAUGAAGAUGAACAUGAUUGUGAAGCCCCAACAGACGACCAAGAUUCCGAUGCCGAUGGAGAUGCGCCUGAUGAUGUUGGUCUGAAAAAUACGAAUAUCUCGGCUACAACGAGCCACUUUGCCAUAAUGACGAUGUUAUCCAUCGGCACCUUGUCGGCGUGGAGUCCCAUGCCGUUACUGUACAUGGCAAAGGCAAAGCUGACGACCAUCAGGUUCCAGAUCAGGCUGAAGAUGAUGGUGUAG